AUGGUAGCGCACGGGUUCCUCGUAGCAGCAGCAGCAGCAGUAUUUACUCUUGUGGUCAAGUCAGUCCCUGCGGAACGAGCAGAUCCUGCAACUUGGUCCCGAUCCGGAUUGAGGCCAUGGGUGGAUGUCGAUACGCCCGAGUCGGUCUACAACAUCACGUCGUCGCGUGGCGAUACGUGGACGCUGGUCAUGAGUGACGAGUUUAACGUCGCUGGACGCAACUUUGCACCCGGUAUGGAUCACAUGUGGACGGCCCUCGAAAUGCCUGACGGGGUCAACGCCGCCUUGGAAUACUACAGCAUUAACAUGACAAGCACCGUGACUGAGCCAGACGGCCGAGGCGUUUUUCAGAUCAAAACCAUGGAAGACGAGAACAUCACGUACACAGUGUGGAACAACUACGCCGAGCCAGCAGGUUUCGAGACGCACCACAUGUACUACCGAGCUGGGAUGAUGCAAUCGUGGAACAAGUUUUGCUUCCAAGGCGGGCGGAUGGAGGUCGUUGCACAAUUGCCAGCAGCCAUGAGCUCGAGUAACCCAGAUCUGAAAAAUACCAAUGGCCGCGUAAAGACAACAGAGUUCUACCCGACGUGGCCUGGCAUUUGGUUGUUAGGGAACUUGGGCAGAGCACUCUUUUCGCAAUCCACCAGUCGCAUGUGGCCCUGGAGCUACAACGAAUGUGACAAGACGUUGAGAACGAGCCAGAGAAUCAGUGCGUGUGACGGCCAUCCAGGCCACGGUCUCAAUCCGUACCAAGGAAGAGGAGCGCCGGAAAUCGACUUGCUCGAAGGUGCUGGCAACAUAAUAUCCACGAGUAUGCAAUUGGCCCCUGGCAUGCCGGAUGACUUCCGACUCAUACCGUCAGCGAACGACACCGAUCAGUCCUGCGUUUACUCUUCCACUUGCAAAACCAUGGGCGCGAACUUUCCUGGCAUUCCAACCACGAUAUAUGCAGCCAGAAAGCACAAGACGUGGUACCAGGGCCUUCGCUAUGCUCCAAACACGCUCUGCACACCGAUGGACAGCCUGAAGCAAGAUGCUGAUACGGUGAUCAAGACCAUGAAGAAAGGCUACACGAGCAACACAUGUGCAGGAGUGAACACGUGCCCAGCUUCCGGUGAUGGUUAUGCCAGUCUAGAAUCCAUGGACGGUAACGAAACAAGGCAUUGGGGGAUCAAUGACGUCGGAGGAUGCAUGCCACUCAUCAAUGGAUACACAGGAGCCUUCCUAUGUGAUCCAGAUAGCUCAAACCCCAAAUGCGUUGCACCGUUAGCAGCUGGAAAACCGGGCAGCAACAUCAUGGAGCCAUUCGAGUACCAAAUGGACGCCAUAUCGGCCAACUGGCCCGUUCAAGCUGCUGCGUACACGAGUUACUUGAAGUAUCAAGUUGAGUGGGUAAUGGGCUCGGACGGAUAUGUGCGCUGGAUGCUCGAAGACAUUGCAAUGUUUGAGAUCCCGGCCGAUGCUAUCGAAACAGUGCCGCAAGAUGCAGCACGGUCCAACCCGAAGAAGAUCAUGCUGGAAGAACCCAUGUACGUGAUUUUCAACGUCGCUCUUUCGACAAGCUGGGGCACGACACCACCAAACCCGGGAGCACCGUGCCGUGGUGAUGACUCGACUGCGCAGAACGAUGCCAUUUGCGACGGUUUUCCCAUGUACAUGAAGAUUGACUACAUUCGCGUUUACCAAGAUUUGUCACCGAGCUCAAUCAUGGCCAUCGGCUGUGAUCCGUCAACGCAUCCGACGAAACAGUGGAUUGAAGACCACAUCGACGAAUACGAGACGGAAGACAACAAAGUUAUCGAAGUCCACGGUGGAGCCAAUUGCAAACAUGAACGCGACUGCACCGUGAGCACCUCCCACAUCGUGACUGGCACAUGUAACGGCAACGGCCGAUGCAGUUGUGCGUCAAAUGCCUGGGGCGGCCCUCGUUGCACAGCCGCACUCACUACGACAUCGAACGGUGCUAGCUUCGGACCACCUGUGAUGCUUGCAACUCCAGUAAGUAUCUUCCUCAUCGUGCUGUUUGGCUGUGUCGCGUACAAGAUCGCAUGCCAACAAAGCAGGAAGGCCAAAGUGGGUGCCGGCGUUACCCGAUUCAGAGGCUUUAUCAAGGUCGAGAUGGACGAUACUCCGAUUUCAAUGAGCGCGUCAGACGACGGAGCAGCGUAA